AUGGCUUUUGACAAGGAGGGAAACUUGGAAUGGGUCGAUGACCUUCGUGGUCUCGCAUCCUCUUUGGUCGUCUCUACGCACAUUGCCCGCGCUUUUGAUGGUGAUCUCUUCUCGCCCGCGUCUGCUGCAGAUGCUGCACCUCGAUUGCUGCAGCUUCCCUUUCUCAGAAUCCUCGUUCAAGGUCGCAUUACUGUCUCCAUCUUUGCCUUUGUCACUGGCUAUGUCUGCAUGCUCAAGCCCGUCAAGCUGUCCCGCCAGGGAAACCAGGAAAAUGCCUUCACUUCCAUCUCCAAGUCCGCUCUUCGCAGAAUUCCCCGUCUGAUCAUUCCUACCACGUUGGCUGCAUGCAUCAUCUGGGUCAUGGCACAGCUUGGCUUUUUCCUCGUGGCCAAGCACAGCGACUGCUGGUGGUGUGGCGCAACUGCACCUGAUCAGGUACCCCGCCUGGGCGAUGCGCUCCACAGUCUGGUCUACAACAUCAUCACCACUUGGACCCAUGGCAGAAACAGCUACGAUAGAAAUCAAUGGACACUGCUUCCUCUGCUAAAGGGCAGUUUCUGGUCUAUGUCUUCAUCAUGGGGUGUUUUCAUAUGCGACUUGCAAAACUUGCCCUCGGCCAAUGACUUCAUUAUGAACCGUCCCCGCAUCUCCAAGGUGCUCGCCAUCUUCUUCUUAAUUAUUAGCUGCUUCAUCUCUUCUUACCCAAAAGGCCACCCCGAGUGGCAAUCCUGGUCUGCAUGGCAGUUCUCGAUCCUAAAGAGCAUCCUGCCCAAUGAUCCCGACUUCCCUCGCUUUGGCUCCGGCAUUGGACUUAAGUUAAUUACUCUCGACAUCCACUUUAGCCCUUUCAUCAAGGACGUUCUCUCGAGCAAAUACCUGCUCUGGCUUGGAAAGCAAUCCUUUGCUAUCUACCUGCUGCAUGGACUCCUCCGCUGGCUAUUAUGCUGGAUAAUCUACGGUGCCCGCUUGCCCGCUGACAUUGUCAACGAUGCCGGCGAGACGAUAUCUGGCAAGCUGAUUUUCCCCGGUGCUUGGAAGUUGAUACUGUGUCUCCCAGUCUGGCUCCCCCUCAACUAUGCAGUGGCCAACCUGUGGAUAACAUACGUGGACCCGUGGUGUGCGCAGCUAACGGAGCAAGUCGUCGGCCACGUCAAGGAGAAUUACGACGAGAAAGAGGGCGGUGCAGAUGCUGGUGGAACACGAGCGACAACCUACCGGGAGAUCGUACAGCUGCUACUCGACAGCAAGGCCGACGUCAACGCGCAGGGCGGAGAAUACGGCAAUGCUCUAUGCGCGGCUUCAUCUGGAGGACACCAGGAAAUUGUGAAAGUCCUGGUCGAUAACGGGGCCCACGUCAAUGCCCAGGGCGGAAAGUACGGCAACGCUGUCUAUAUUGCAUUUUUAGUAGGUCACGAAAGAAUGGUACAACUACUGCUGGACAACAAGGCCGACUGGUCAUUUUGCGCCCCUGAUAGAUUCAUUCCAUUCACGAACGCUUCAUAUAACGGACACCUGAAUGUCGUUAAGUUGCUGCUUCAAGCAGGUGCCGACUUCAGCACCCCGGACAUGAACGGAUGGACGCCGCUUUGUGUUGCAUCAAGCCGUGGACACGUUGAGAUCGUCGAGGCUCUUAUUACUAUAGGGGCACAUGACAUAGAUACUCGUGGCAUAAACGGUCGUACUGCGUUAGCAUAG